AAGAAACAAAUGAAGCAAAUAAUGAGCAAAAUGAUUUACGCUCGCAACAUCAAAUACUUCAACAAAAUAAAAAAUUUAGCAUUACCGAAGAAACGGAUAAUGAAAUAGAUAAUGAAAUAACAAAUAAUGAAUCAUUAUUAACCCAUGAUGGAAAUGUUGCUCGUCGAUCUAUAAAUUCCGCGUUGGUAUCUAGAAGAAAACAACAAAAGCUAAAUAAGAUCUCAAAACGAUAUACACGCAUGGAAAGUAUUAUGGAAGGAACAGAUGAAGAAUAA